GGAUCGCGACGAAUACAACCAAGCCAUUUACAAGGGCACAUUCAUUAUUAUUAUCCUUGCUAUUUAAUUUCGCCUCAAAAAAUAUUAGUAUUAGUAAUAUAAUUGUGAUUAAUUAACGAAUAUAUUGUGCUAAUAUUUGAUAGAAAACAUGAAGUUUCUAGCCGCUAUAUUUGUUGUGCUAAUGUUUGAUAAACAAACAGACGCCUGGGGAGGUUUGUUUAACAGAUUUUCACCGGAAAUGUUGACGAACAUGGGUUAUGGCGCCCAUGGGGGUUUUAUGCAGAGAAUGAACGGCGAUGAAGGAAUAAUAGAAGAAUUUGAAAGAGAAUCUGAUGAAGAUCCGUGUUACGGAAGACGAUGCACUUCAAACGAGCAUUGUUGUCCUGGUUCUGUGUGCGUUGAUGUCGAUGGAGUAAUUGGAACAUGUCUAUUUGCUUACGGACAUAGAGCAGGAGAAUUGUGCAGAAGAGAUAGCGAUUGUGAAUCAGGAUUGGUGUGCGCCGAGGAAGAAAAUCAAGGAUCUGCUAGAGUAUGCAGGCCACCAGUACGUCAAGAUAAACAAUAUUCGGAGCCCUGCAAUAUGUCCAGCGAAUGUGAUAUUACCAGAGGACUCUGCUGUCAAUUACAGCGCCGGCACCGACAAGCACCGAGAAAAGUCUGCUCGUACUUCAAAGACCCGCUUGUAUGUAUCGGACCCGUGGCAACAGAUCAAAUAAAAAAUCCAAUUCAGCAUACGGCCGGAGAAAAAAGACUAACUGGCUUUGGGUCUUUUAAAAGGCAGCUCCCGUAAAUAUAUGUAAAAAAAGAAGAUAAGAGAAUGAGGUGUUGUCAAAUUGUUCCUUCUUUACGUUGAAGAUACUUUAAGAGUAGUGUUUUAAAUAGGAACAUUUUUUCGUCUUGAGCUACCUUAUGCUUAAUUAUAAAUCUAUUGUAAAGUAGAUACUUACUUCUUUGAAAAAAUGGCUGAGGUAUUUAUUCAAAAUUUAUUAUGAAUCAAAUUCCUUUCACGUUAUUUUGACCAAAAUUCUUAGUUUCUAAUGCAUUUCAUUAAUCACAAAAAAUAUUUUUUAACUCUCAUUUUCACUUAAUGUAUUUUUUUUUCUUAUUACGUCCUUACUGUAAACUGUGAUUAUCAUGUCAGCACAUUUUUAUUGUUGUCUAUAAUGUGAAUUUUAGAAACUAUUGAGUAAAAUACAGAUAUAUAUGUAUAUGUGUU